CAUUCGUGAUAAAUAACAUUACACAUGACUUUUCUAAAAUUACUUAGGGUGCACCAAAAGUUCGAAUCACGAUGUUUAAAAUUUAUAAAACAGUAAAUGUUGAAUGUUUUGCUACGGAAAUAUAUAGUAUAACGUAUCGUCUUUAAUAAUCUAUAGAGCAGCUCUAUCUUGGAUUUAGUUCCAACAUCCAUGCUAGAAUAAGCCUAUAAUUUAGCGACUAUGCUAAGAUUUAACUAAUCCUUGUCCAAUGUUCAGGUAUAUUCUGGAGCUUUCCAUAUUGUCCAUUGGUCACUCUCUGUGGUCACAUUUUAUGACGUCAUGUUCUAGAAUAUUACAUUUCAAUAGUAUAUAUAGAUGAGAGGUCGUUCACUGUCAGUUCAUUUGUACCGCACCCGACUUCAAAUCGUGAUAGAAUCUGAUUUCAACUUUAAAACGAUCUAGUAAACAUGACUGAUGAAUUUAAUCGAUACUAAAUCAGAAUUCGAGCUAUUUUGGGAAUAGAUUCAAAAACAAUCUUCGACGAACUUACAGAAACAUUGGGACCUGAUACUCCAUCAUAUCCAAGGGUCAGAAAAUGGGCGAAACGUUUUCGUGAAGGAAGAGAAGAUGCCAGUGAUAAUCCUCAACCUGAUCAUUCGAUUUCGGUACUUACAGAUGAAAAUAUUGAGCGCGUUCGACAAGCUAUUGAAGAUGACCCACCUUCAACUUAUGAUGAUAUUACGGUUGAGACUGGUCUAUCUUGA